AUGGAAAGAGUGGAAGUGAAGCGCGAGAGAGAGGGGGAUGGUGGAGAGGGUGAAGGUUCCAGAUUCAAAUUCAAGGCUCAUUGGCUCAUUCUACUGAGGAGAGGACAAAAUACCCAAUAUCCAAGCAAGACGCUGUCUGAAUUUUUUGAUCCUUUUCAAAAGACCAGUUGUCCUGUCUCCCAGGUCCCCCGUCGUCUCCGCCAUCUACGACGCCCUUGCCCCUCUGAACACUGGCCGCUCGACAACAAACCGUCAAUGAUGUUUGGAGCCUUAAGAUAUGUACCUCAUCCUGAGAAACCCAAACCGGAAAUGCAAAACGAACAAAAAUCCCCGUUAACUCUCCAGCAUAUCAUCCACCAGCCCCAUUCUCUCACUCCCACUCCGUCCCUCACCGCUCCAUACCACCCCUACCCUGCCGGAGCAAAGCAAAACGAGAGGGACAGUCGAACAGCACAUGGGGCCCUGCCACCAAAUACCAGGACCAUGGUGCCAUGGUGGCAGGGUCAAAUCAGCAAGCUGACUGAUAUUUGA